CAACAAACUCUGACAACUAAACCAUGGUCUGUCUGUCUGUGUCUUCUCUUUUGUGUUCCAGGUUUGGAAUUCGCCUACUCCGCGGCUCCGAAAUCGAUGCAAAGUGCAAUAAUGGGCCUCUUCUUUUUUUUUUCUGGAAUCGGGUCUUUCGUGGGCUCCGGUCUCCUGGAGUUGGUGUCCCUCAAAUCAAUCGGUUGGAUGAGCAACCACACANNNNCAGGCAACAUCAAUGGUUGCCAUUUAAACUACUACUUUUUCCUCCUGGCGGUCAUCCAGGGUGUCACUCUGCUGCUUUUCCUCAUCGUGUCUGUCAAAUACGACCGCCAGAAGGCAAGGACUAAUGCUGGACGGACUUGACGGGGCCUGUAACAGAAGACGAACAGAAGUCGGUGGGGAUCGGAAGAGGUUGCUGAUCCAGCAGGAAAGAGCCAUUUGGAGGGGCAUUUUCUUUUGAUUUGCAUGAUUUUGACUUCUAGGUUGCUCCCCCCCCCCCAAAAAAAAAUCUUACACACAAACACAUACAAAGCAGAGAGUGCCUUAUGCUAGCAAACUAAUUUUACAAGCUGUAAAUGCAAUGCAGGCCAGGCGUUGGAACCCGGAAGCAUUUCAGAUUCCCUUCCAGGGUGAUGUAAAGACAGAUGGACAGAACUGUCCAACGGAUCAGUUCAGAUCCUGGCUUGGAAAGAAUUCCUCCCCCCACACCCCUUGGACGCCUUUCAUAGAGGUUCAGAGGUAAAAGUUGCAGGCGUCAAGCCAGGUUUAUGAGUUGCUGUGCUGUGCAUCGAACUCUCCCUCCCUCCCUCCCUCCCUCCCC